AAAGAAGUUUGCACUUGCAGUUUUAUUUCCUAUGCUUCUAUCCACUUUCAUGUUGAAUAUUUCAGCUUAAAAAAUAAUUUAUAACGCUCUCUUAAGGAUUCCUAGAACGUAAAUCUAAAGUUUAUCGAAAAGGAAUCAUCAUGUCAUCCAGUCGUUCUAAAACAUCGAUUCUCGACAAACCUUUAAGCAAAGGAAAAGGGGAGGUUUCCCUAGCCCUUUAUGCUUUAUUAUUUUCAGAAAUUGUACAGUUUUGCCAAAACAGAUCACAUUCUAUUCACGAACUUCAAACUAAGUUAUCAGAAAUGGGAUAUGAUGUUGGAACAAGACUACUUGAUCUUUACUUUGUUAGAGAAAGGAACAGUAAGCGUGAAAUAAAACUGUUAAAUAUGUUACUCUUUGUAAAAUCAACACUGUGGAAGGUUUUAUUUGGAAAGGAAGCUGAUAAAUUAGAACAUGCUAAUGAUGACGAACGGACAUAUUAUAUAAUUGAGAAAGAUGCAUUAAUUAAUAAGUUUAUAAGUGUACCCAAAGAUAAGGGGACUCUGAACUGUGCUUCAUUUAACGCUGGCAUCAUAGAAGCUGUUCUUACUAAUGGAGGAUUUCCGGCUAAAGUAACAGCACAUUGGCACAAGGGCACUACGUACAUGGUAAAAUUUGAAGAUUUUGUCAUAACCAGAGACAAAUGUUUAGAUGAUCGUUAAAAUUGAUUUAGUUUCUUUAAAAUGUACUUACUAAUCAAUAUUUAAAUAAAUGUACACUCCGCUUACUGUUAGUUUUUAAAACCAAUGUAUGUGUUUGUGUCAUUAAAACAAUUUAAUGACAUCUUUAAACAGUUAUUUGUUUAAAUAAUAAAAUUUAUUCUAUGGA